AUGAAUCAGAUGGAUACGCCUGGCAGACCUCCACUUCACGACCCUUCUUUCCAACGGAGGCCAAAGCCAGUGCCGGGGGAUAAGAAUCGUGGCCGUGGUAGAAGUCGUCAGGACAAGGACGAAGAUGGCAACAGGGAAGCUUCUCCGGGCGAAGGGGUAGACGAACACUCAUCUGGAACAGAAGGGCCAACUAGAAAGCGCCGUAGGAGUCGUAAGGGGUUGGACAAGAAGUUCGAGUGUCCUCAGGACGGCUGCGGAAAGAGUUACUCCAGAGCCGAGCAUCUUUAUCGUCAUCAACUAAACCAUACGCCCAAGCAGAUCUACAACUGUGACUUCCCUGACUGUUCCCGUACAUUUGUUCGUCAAGACUUAUGUAACAGGCACCGGGAUCGUCACACUGCUAAAGGUUCCCAACUACACCGAAAAGAUUCUAUGCUAGGCCAUAACCAUACUUCCUCGCCAACGGCAGAACCAGGACAACCUUUUUCAAAACAUGGCUCCAAAUCGCCUGAAGUCAUGAGGCCGAAUCUCGCUGGGAUCAAACCACCAGCCAACCAGCUUCAACACCAGUCACCACAAGAGCCCAACCCCAGCUCCUAUUCCCCCGCAACUGUCCUUUCCUCUGGAACUUAUUCCGGCACUGCUUCCUCCUCAAGCGGAACAGAAACUUUUCAAGGACGGGAUUUCAAACGCUCGAACGGCGAUAGCCUGCCCCAACACGGGACACCAAGCAUGACUCCAGGUGCCAGACCUCAGCGUCACGCGAGCUUUGGUGUUUCUGAUUCUAAGCCAGUUCAAUUCUCAAGAACUCCUUUGCAGAACAACGUAGGGCCUUACGGGCUGUUGUCUUCUACUUCUGGCAAUCCCGCCUACCACAAUAGCCAGCCCAGUCCACAACCGUACGUCAGCCAGCAAAACUUCACUCCUUUCACAUUGCCUCCUCCUGGAUUUUCUACAACGCCCACUGCCAUUGCACCUAGUCAAGAGUCGGAACCAUCAUAUACCGCUUCCAUGCCAACCGACUAUUCGAGUGAAGCUACCCACCACGCACAAUCCGGUCCAGAUAUGAUGCUACUAGAUCAGAUGGCUGUUCCGAAUACGAUGCCUGUUUUUGGUGGUGAAGGUUACAACCGUUCCCCUUUUGCCAUCCCGGAGGAUUUUGUUGCAUAUCUCUUUAGUGGUCAGCAGUUGGAGAAUUCCUCACCGGUUGGCCAGAUGGGUCAACCAGGAUACGCGAACUAUGCGGAUAACCAAAAUCAAUACUUCGCACAUUUCACCCCCCACGAUAUUAACUUUGGCGGUUUCUUCCCCGCGAGCCAGCAGUCCCACCAUCCGAUGGCUGUUACUAGCUUACUCGAUACCAGCCUUCCGGAAACAGUGCUUUCCGAAGAGAAGAGUCAGCAGAUAGUCGACCUGAUCAAGGAACGCUUCAACGAAGGGGCUCAUGCGCCAGUUGCCAGGCAGAAGGAGGCUCUGCUCGAGGGUGAUCGUGGCAAUCACAGCCACUUGCUGAGUCGCAAAAUGAUGCAAACCUAUAUAGGAAGCUACUGGUACCAUUUCAGCGAGCAAGUUCCGAUAUUGCACAAACCCACCUUCUCCCCAGACAAGACUCCGAAUCUUCUUUUGGUGGCUAUGAUGGCCAUUGGGGCUUCUUGUCUGGAUAAGAUCCAUGGCUACGAGGUCACCCAAGCAGGUGCUGAGCUUUCGAAUUUCCUAGCCUGGCACCUCAGAGGGGAGAUCUUCAACGACCAUCACUUCAGCCCUCCGGCGAAAUUAUGGGUUUUUCAAGCUCUACUCCUUCUGGAGUUAUAUGAGAAAAUGUACUCAACAAGAGCCUCACACGAGAGAGCUCACAUUCAUCAUGCCACUACUAUAACUUUAAUGCGCCGCGGAAGUUCACUCAUUGGCAGGUCUGCUCUCGAUUCUCCCCCUAGUGUCCGGGAUGACAAGCAAGGACCACACAGCUCCCGCCAGUCCUCCACAUCAGGAGUUAAUACUCCCGACGAAUGGUGGAACCACUGGAUCACGAAUGAGGCAACGCGUAGAGCUGCAUUCGCUGCAUUUGUGAUCGAUUCGACUCAUGCAACCAUGUUCGGUCAUUCUACAGUCAUGGUCGCUCACGAAAUGAGACUUCCUCUUCCUUGUGAUGAAACUCUUUGGUCCGCUACAAAUAGUGCCGAGGUCGGUAGAAUUGAGGCCAAUCUUCAUGCUAAUGGGGUGAAGCCAAUAUCUUUCUUGGAAGGCCUCAAGCGUACCCUCAACGCGCAAGAGGUGCGCACCAACUCAUUUGGAAGAACAAUUCUUAUGGCUGGUCUUCUCAGUGUGAGCUGGCAUAUGAACCAACGAGAUCUCCAGGUGAAUUCUCUCGGAGUUUCACAAGCUCUUGGAGGAAGAGAUAAAUGGAGAGGAUCUCUCACCAGAGCUUUCGACCUCUGGAUGCAAGACUUUGACAGGUCCUUGACUCGGACUUCAGACAAGAUUCCUGGGCCGUAUUUGGACAGGAAAGAAGACAAUAUAGUAUUUCAGGGCAGAAUUGUCCUACACCAUUUAGCUCACAUGGCAAUGCAUGUUGACAUAGUCGAAUGUCAGAUAUUUGCCAGAGCAAAGCGGCUUCUUGGCCGCACGAUCGGCUCCCAGGAUCUAAACAAUGCCCAACGCAGAAUGAAGGAUACAUGGGCUCCGUCCGCCAAAGCCCGGGACGCCACAUGGUAUGCUCUGCGAUUCCUCUGCACCGUUCUCCUUCCCGAGGAAUCGUCGUCGACGAGCAAUCGGGCUGGCUUCAGCGAUCCACCAUUCAACUAUUCCGCGCGGGACGAUGUGUUGCUGAACCGACCUUGGGUGAUGUACUUUGCCGCUCUGAUCGUCUGGUCUUACGGCUUCGCCCUUGAGGGCCCUACAACGGCUCCUAUGCCCGCGAUCUACGACUUCGAGGAGCAAGUCCGUGACAUGCGCUCAUACCUCCGCAGACUCAGCAGCGUCCGCUCGCCAGAAGAGCUGAAGUCCAUCAGGGGGUUCAACGGCUGCAGCGGCAUGCUGAUGGUUCUCCGCGCUGUGUUUGAGAAAACGAGGUGGGAAUUACUUCAAGAGGCAGCGAAUCUGCUGAACAAUUGCAUCUCCUUAAUUGGAGGCCAGAUGUGA